AUGGCGGCGUGUGCCGCCGGCCAGCAUUGCGACGACAGAGCAGCGGCGGGCUCGCUGCCGUCGUGCCUCCUCGCCACCGGCGUCCGCAACUUCUCCCUCGCCGGGUCGCCGGCCUACGACGCGCUGCUCAACUUCUCCAUCCAGAACCUCCGGUUCGCGCUCCCGGCCGCCGGCGCGGUGCCCAGGCCGGCGGCCGUCGUGCUCCCGCGCGGCCGGAGCGAGCUCACGAGCGCGGUGCUGUGCGCGCGCCACGCCUCGCUGCGCAUCCGCGUGCGCAGCGGCGCGCACAGCUACGAGGGCCUCUCGUACACCGUCGGCGACGGCGGCGACGACGCCGACCGCGUCCGCUUCGUGGUGAUCGACCUCACGAGGAUGAACAGGGUGCGUGUCGACGCCGCGUCGGCCACCGCGUGGGUUGAGUCCGGCGCGACGCUCGGCGAGAUCUACUACGCCGUCGCGUCGUCGUCGUCCUCCCUUGCGUUCCCGGCUGGGUCGUGCUCGACCGUCGGAGCAGGCGGGCAUAUCUCCGGCGGCGGGUUCGGGCUGCUGUCGCGCAAAUUCAAGCUCGCCGCCGACAACGUGCUGGACGCGAUCCUCGUCGACGCGGACGGCAGGGUCCUGGACCGGAGCUCCAUGGGCGAGAACGUGUUCUGGGCGAUCCGCGGCGGCGGCGGCGGCGGCUGGGGCGUGGUCUACGCCUGGAAGCUCCGGCUCGUCCAGGUUCCGAACACCUUGACGGCGUUCACGCCGAAAAGGACCGGUUCGGUGGACGCCAUCGCCGGGCUAGUGCAUCGGUGGCAGUACGUCGGCUCAGCUCUGCCCGACGAGUUUUACCUCUCCGUCUUCCUCACCAUCGGCGGCGCCAGCUCGUCGUCGCCAUCACGAGAUGGAAACGUGACGGUGUCCUUCACAGGGCUGGUUCUUGGUUCCAAGGAGCUGGCCAUGUCGGUGCUGAGCGAGAGGUUCCCGGAGCUGGGCCUCGCCGAGCCGGAGAUGUCGGAGAUGAGCUGGGUGGAGUCGGCGGCGAGGUUCGCCGGGCUGAGCUCGACGGAGGAGCUGACCAGCCGCGCCUCCAGGACGAAGCACUACGCCAAGAGCAAGUCGGACUACGUGCGGUCGCCCAUCGCGAGGGGCGCCGUGGCGGCGAUCCUCCGGUACCUCGCCGGCGAGCCGGCGGGGUACGUGAUCCUCGACCCCUACGGCGGCGCCAUGGCGCGUGAGGGGAGCGGCGACACGCCGUUCCCGCACCGCGCCGGCAACCUGUACAGCGUCCAGUACGGCGUGACGUGGGAGGCCGGCGACGACGGCGGCGGCGGCGGCGGCGGCGGCGAGGCGCGCAUGGCGUGGCUGCGGGCGCUGUACGCGUACAUGGCGCCGCACGUGUCCAAGAACCCGCGCGCCGCGUAUGUCAACUACGUGGACCUCGACCUCGGCACCAAUGCUCUCGCCGGGAACGUGUCCUCGCCGUCGUCGUCGGUGAGCCGAGCACGGUCGACGUGGGGCUCGGCGUACUUCUCGCCGGCGAACUUCGAACGGCUCGUCGGGGCCAAGACGCUCAUCGAUCGUUCCAACGUCUUCAGCAAUGCGCAGAGCAUUCCACCGUUACAAAUAUAA